GGGUUUAAAUGGCAUUAUCUGCCUCUCUCUAUAUAUACAUAUCUCUCUCGUUUUGGCUCACUAGUUACAAUAGAUCGAUAUUGACAGAUAUAAAUAUACCAGGUACCGUGAAAACAAACUCUGCUGGUCGCAGGACACAACUACCCGAGAUAAAUUCCCGUUACCAUGGCAAACAAAUACGAAUUGGAUACCACAGAUUUUGCCGACCUGAAUGAUGUAGGGAUGAACUUUCGGGAGAAUGACGAUGAUGGUGGAUUUGAGCAUCAUAAAUUAACAGAAGACCAGUUAAAAUUAUGCAAAGAGUGUUUUGACUUUUUUGACAAAGAUGCCAGUGGUACAAUAGACAAAACAGAGCUGGUAACUGUGAUGAGAGCAGUGGGAAUGAAUCCUUCUAAAAAUGAUGUAGAGAAAAUGAUCAAAUCUGUGGCAGAAAAGGGUUGUGACACUAUUUCAUGGCCAGUGUUUGAAGAAAUGCUAGCAAGUUCCUGGAAGUCAGUAAAGCAGAGCAAGUUGGAAAUGCUAGCCUCCUUUCACAUAUUUGAUAUCAACAAAGAUGGUUAUGUAGAUGCUUCAGAACUAAAGAAAACAUUGACAAGUUUGGGAGAGUCACUUACUGAAGAUGAGGCUGAUGCACUCCUUAAGGCAGCAGACAAAAACAACGAUGGACGGAUAGACUACAAAGAAUUUGUGGACUUGAUAUGCUGUUUUUGACGUAGAUUACAUUCCAGUGGACUCCUAUCCUCAGACUGAACAGCUCUGAAUCAUCAAUGGCAAGAACAUCUACACAAGCCUAUACUGAGAGCUUUCAUUUGUAAAUUAAGGAUAGAUUCUUAUCAUAUCACAGAAAUAAUUAUCAAUGUGCAAAAUUCUAAAAUGAUCAGAUGAAUCUGUUAAGAUUUGAUAGCUUUUUGAAUUUCUGAUGUUUAUCAGAAGAAAUAAAUAUGAUCCUAAAUAGUGUUUAUGUUGCAAAUUCUGACAAAAUUGAUAAUAAACCACUAGUAGAUGCAAUUGAUUGAUAUCUGCUCUAACAGAAUUUCAAUAUGAAAAGAUCGAUACCUUGAACUAACCUUGAAACAAAUUCAAGAACCUGGACACCCACUUUUUAGUGUGUCAAUCUAUAGGUUUUGCAUACAAAAUAUCACCUUUCAAGUUAUCUAAUAAACAUGAGAAGAAUCUAUCCUUAACAAAGUGUAUUGUUCAUUUGUAGAUUAACAAAUGUGUUGCUUUGAUUUUCUUUUGGAUGAUGAUGUUGUCUUCGUAGAAUUCUUUAUCUGUAUUUGAGAACUUGUGUUGUGAAGACUUCUUGAAUAAUUUUUCAAAAGGUUCAUUCCCUUUUGAGAUGAACAAGAUCUUGUAACAUUUUAAAAUAAUGAAAUGAUGCAAAAAAGUAAUAUUUGUGAUUUUACAAAUUAUACCAUGAUAUUUACCAAUGUUUUGUUAGUAAUAAACCUGUGCUGUUUCAA